UGUUCCCAUGAAUCCAUGAUCUACAUCUUGGAUGGCCUCGGGCCAGAUGUGAUGGAGGAAAGAAGAAACUCUAAAACUCUUGGAAGUUUUUCAGUAUCAAAAGGAUCUCCAGUGGAGCCCUGGCACAGUACUCCUGUAAAAAAGAAUCUUUUUGCUGCUGCUGAGGCGCCAGAUGUUUCUUCCAUCAAACUCAAAGAUGAAAACAGAACAAGGCCUGCAGGACUUAGUCUGCAAGACCUUUCAAAACCGAUGUCCUCUUUCUCAUUAACACAAGAUUUCCAGACCCCAGUUAAUGGAUUGGAGGCCUCCACUAUCCAGAGGCAGCGUCUGGAGUUGCAGCUUCUCAUAGCAGAACUGAAGGACCGCGACCAGGAGCUCAACACUAUGGCAGCAGCUCAUCACAAGCAGCUGCUGUCCUGGGAGCAGGACCGUCAGAGAGUGCUGAUCCUGGAACAGAGAUGUGCCCGACUGGAGGAUGAGCUGGAGAAGCGCAACGAGGUGAUCAGAGCUCUCAGUAAGAGGACGAAGGUGGCUGAAUUGAGAGAGAAAGACGUGUACAGAGAGCUCAACAGCACCCAACAGCAGCUGCACGAGCUGAGCUGCCGACAGAUGAACGCCACCAGACACGAGCAGGACUUGGAGGAGAGGAACCAAAGCCUGAACUCCACGGUCAUGAUGCUUUCAUCGCAGGUGGGACAGCUGCAGGUGCGAGAGGAGGAGCUCAGCUCCAUGCUUAAACUGAAGGAUAAAGAUAUGAUUGAGGCCACCAAUCACAUUUUAGAGCUGUCCGGUCGUCUUUGCGAACUAGAGAAAUCGCUCGAAGAGCUGCGAACACGUGAGAGCAAAGCCCUGCAAGAAACGGAGGAGCACAGACACCGUUUCAGAGAGAGCAGACACAAAAACACACAACUGAAAGCUGAGCUUCAGGAGAAAACCGUAGAGAACAACAGCCAGAGAGAAGAGCUCAUCCGUUUAAAGCAGGAAAACCAGCUGUUGAAGAGACAACAACAGCCACUAGAGAAGAGGCUCUAUGAAGAUAAAAGCUGGAGGGAUGAAUUAUUUGAGCUCUCCCGAUCAAAACAUGCUCGAGUGGAAUCUGAGCUGAUCUGUCUGCGGCAGGUGUGUGAAAGCCAACAGAAUGACCUCCAGCUGCUGAAGUUGAACUUGGAGAGCGCCAGAGAGGCACUUCGGCAUCAUGAGGGUCAAAGGUCACACGAGAGCGCAGGAGAUCUGAGCCUUCUUCAUCUGGAUUGCCCCUCCCCCUGUCACAGAAGUAGGCGGAGCUCUGUCUGUUUACCCGAUUCUACAUUAAGCAUUGAACUUUGCGCCAAUGAUGUAGCUCGCCAUGGCAAUGAGGAGGGCUACAGUUCAUCUACAACACGAUUACAGCGUCUGCUGGCUGAGUCUCAGGAAAUGGUAGCAAGUUUGGAAAGUUCAACCAAGAAAUCUGUCAGCCCAACGAAACCUCCGAGCCCGAUGACCUGCGACGCCAUUUGUCACCUCCAAAGUAACCACGGCAACGGCAGCCACACCCAAACCUCCACCCACAGCCAGGAGAACAGACAAAUACACGGGGAAAGCGAGCAGAUCGAAAGCAGCCCUCGUUUGCAUCAAGGAAGCGAGUAAAGUGGUCCACGAGAAGCGGCGAAUCACCAUUUACUUCCAUCUUCUCUGCAGCUUCUCAAAAUAAAUCAGUUCUUUGCAACCAAA